UUGAAUCUCUCCAUUUUCUUUCGUUCUUAUCAAAACGAGGACCGGAAUGGAAAAUCCAACUUCGUUUGCAAUUGCAGCCGAAAUUGGAAAAUCUUCUACUAAACUAAUACCGAUGCCAUUUUAAUAUUCCAUCUCCAAUUAUUCGUUUGCCGCAAAUCAAGGGAACACAGAAUCAAACAAGGAGGGCCAGCCAUUAAACUCGGUGAAUCCGUGGGAGAAGCUGUUCCUGUUUCCUGUUUCUUGUUUCAAGUUUCAACCGAAGCAGAUAAGUUCCUUCCAAAUUUCGUACCAAAAAUUUACAGUAUGAUGAUCUGUUAGAUGUAAUGGGAUUGAGGGAUAUAAGGGGGCAUGGUGCGUUAUAUUGGGAAGUGUGAAGAUAAAGAUAAUCCGAUUUGUCUAUUGUUUCUGACACCUCUUUGAAUUUCUGAAGUAAACUGGCGAUGGGUUUUCAAGAACUGUGAUAAGAACAGCAAGUUUGUUCAUCUUGGUCUGUGAAUAAUAUGCUGGUUCGUGAGCAGAGUUCGAGGGAUUCGGAUGUUGAUUAUGGAAGAAGGUUAUCUGGUGUUUUUGAAAGUUUGGUUAGGAGAAAACAGGUGGAUUCUGAGAAUGUAACGAGGGAGAAUCAUCAACUGGCUAAGAAAUUAUCUACGCUUGACCUUGUUGCCAUUGGAGUUGGAGCUACAAUUGGAGCUGGAGUGUAUAUUUUGGUUGGAACAGUUGCCAGAGAGCACGCAGGACCCUCUCUUACAAUAUCAUUCUUUAUUGCUGGGGUAGCUGCAGCACUCUCAGCUUUUUGUUAUGCGGAGCUUGCUUGUCGAUGCCCAUCUGCAGGGAGUGCCUAUCACUAUACAUACAUAUGCGUUGGAGAAGGAGUUGCUUGGUUGGUUGGCUGGGCACUGAUUCUGGAAUGGACGAUCGGUGGUUCUACGGUGGCUCGUGGCAUAACUCCCAAUCUGGCACUGUUUUUGGGAGGUGAGGAUAAGUUACCGGUUUUCUUGGCCCGUAUUACGAUCCCUGGACUUGGUAUUGUUGUUGAUCCAUGUGCAGCAAUCUUAAUCUGUAUUGUUACUGCCCUUUUGUGCUUUGGGAUAAAGAAGAGUUCAUUGGCUCAAACCAUAGUCACAACUAUAAAUGUCUGUGCUUUGCUUUUCAUUGCUAUAGUCGGUGGAUAUCUUGGUUUCAGAGAUGGAUGGGUUGGAUACGAACUUCCGAACGGAUACUUCCCCUUCGGUGUGAAUGGGAUGUUUGCUGGAUCUGCAGUAGUUUUCUUUUCAUAUAUCGGAUUUGAUUCAAUUACUAGCACUGCUGAGGAGAUGAAAAAUCCUCAACGAGAUUUGCCCCUUGGCAUAGGACUCACUAUGCUUAUCUGUAGCGUUUUGUAUAUGCUCGUUUCGACGGUGAUAGUUGGCUUGGUACCGUAUUAUGCCUUGGAUCCAGACACCCCUAUCUCCUCUGCAUUUGCUAGCUAUGGUGUGCAAUGGGCCAUGUACGUAAUUACGGUUGGGGCAGUGACUGCUCUUUUUGCAAGCUUAUUGGGUUCAAUUCUUCCUCAGCCCCGGAUCCUAAUGGCCAUGGCUAGAGAUGGAUUGUUACCCUCUAUUUUUGCAGACAUCAAUAAGCACACUCAAGUUCCAGUAAAGGGCACCAUUAUAACAGGUCUUUUUGCAGCAGCUCUGGCCUUUUUUAUGGAUGUUUCACAGUUGGCUGGAAUGGUAAGUGUAGGAACACUUCUUGCAUUUACUACAGUUGCCUUAUCAGUUCUGAUACUCAGAUAUGUUCCACCACAUGAGUCCCCACUUCCAUCUUCACUUCAAGACGCUAUCAACUCGAAAUUAUCACAGUUAGAUGGUGAGAGCCUGGAAACCGAUAGCAAUGUCGUUGGAGAUUCAUCUGGUUCAAGCGACAAAGGAAACACCAUGCUCAGUUACCCUCUUAUCGAGAGAGACGUAUCUCGAGAAGAGAAAAGGCGAAAAACGGCUGCUUGGGCUAUUGCACUUGUCUGUAUAGGAAUUCUAAUAGUUACAUUCACAGCUUCAGCCAAGUAUCUCCCCAGCAUUCCUCGCUUCGUCUCCUGUGGAGUCGGUGGAGUUCUUCUAUUGGGUAGCCUGAUUGUGCUAGCUUCCUUAGAUCAAGAUGAUGCAAGACACAGCUUUGGCCAUAGAGGAGGUUUUGCUUGCCCAUACGUACCUUUCUUACCAGCUGCUUGCAUUCUUAUUAACUCAUACUUGCUGAUUGAUCUUGGGCUCGCAACUUGGAUCCGGGUUUCUGUCUGGUUUGCGAUCGGCGCAUUGGUUUACGUGUUUUAUGGUCGGACUCAUAGCUCACUGGUUAAUGCAGUCUACGUGCGCACCGAUUAUGUCGACGAGAUCUGUUGCUCAUCGAAUCAUGUAGCAUAGUCUUCAUACAUAGCUUGGUACAUCGAAAAAGGUUUGCUAUGCCUCUAUGCUCAUUUAUGUGAAAGUAAACUCGAAUAGUACAUUUGGGGGGUAUAUAUCGAUCAAAUUUGUAUAUUUGGUUCCUAAACUUUAAUAGUAUUUUGUUUCUUUAAAUUUAUUGUAAAAAGUUCUCAAAGUACAUAAAAAUGUAAAGUAGAAUAUUGUCAUUUGGGUUCGUGUAGUUCUAUUUGGGUCAAUAAGGUCUCGUUUUGUUGCCCU